AUGACUGUGGUGCCUCAACAGAAGCUUUCCUGGCAAGAGUCUGCCCGCCAGGUCCAGGCAGCGCGCGAUCGUUCUAUAGAGCAGGUUGACCCCGCCAUCGCUGCUCUUCCCUAUACACAUACUGGCAGGGUGAUUGAUUUCCCCAGAAAGCACCUUUCGCAGACAGAGAUCGCUAUUACAGAGAGUUCUGCUGAGACCUUGGUGGCUUCCCUUGCAACGGGUAAACUAACUGCGACCGCGGUAGCAAACGCCUUUCUUCGGCGGGCUGCGCUCGCUCAGAAGCUGACCAACUGUAUCUACGAGCUUCUUCCUGACCGUGCCAUCUCCCGCGCCAAAGAACUCGAUGAUUACCUUGCAGAGCAUGGAAAGCCCUCUGGUCCGCUUCACGGUUUACCAAUUAGCCUUAAAGGACAUGUAGGCCUCAAGGGACGAGAUUUGUCUGCUGGAUUCGUCGGUUGGCUCGACCGGGAGAGCCAAGACGAUGCAAUUAUUGUCAAGAUCCUCUUAGAUGCCGGUGCAGUUGUUUAUGCAAGAACAACCGAGCCACAGGGACUGAUGGCUCUUGAAACCUGCAGCAAUAUCACUGGUACCACCACCAACCCACAUAAUACCGCUCUCACACCAGGUGGUUCUUCUGGCGGAGAGUCAGCCUUGCAAGCCCUCUAUGGCAGCCCUCUGGGAAUUGGCUCAGACAUCGGUGGUAGUAUUCGCUCCCCCGCCGCCAAUUGUGGGCUCUACGGCCUAAAGCCAUCGACCGGUCGACUGCCGCUAAUCGGAUGCGCUUCUUACGUUCUCGGAUGUGAGACAAUUAUGGGAACACUUGGGCCUAUUUCACCAACGUUUGGCGGUAUUGAACUUUUCAUGAAGACGAUAAUCGAAUCAAAACCUUGGGUCAUCGACUCAAUGAUGCUUCCAAUCCCUUGGAGAGAUCAGGAGAGGCACAUUCACCAGGAUAACAAGAAGCUAACCGUCGGUGUAAUGUGGACCGACGAUGUCGUUACUCCCGCACCGGCAGUGACAAGGGCUUUGAAAGAAGUGGUUGAGCGUCUUAAAUUGGUGGAUAGUAUUGAGGUCAUUGAAUGGAAGGCAUAUCAACAGAAGGAGGCGCUGGAGAUUCUCACCAAGCUUUAUGCCCCAGAUGGUGGAAAGGCAUUUGCCAGACAUGUCGAAGCCUCUGGUGAGCCGUUUACACCGGUCACGGCUUGGACUCUCCGGGAUACCCCUGGCAUUGAAGAACUUAGCCAGCAGGGCGUGUGGGACUGGACUGGAAAACGGGAGAUGUUCCGCUAUGCCUACUUGCAAGAGUGGAACAAUGUUGCGCCCGAAAUGGAUGUUAUACUCUGUCCCGCAUUCCCCACGCCCGCCCCCCUUCACGACACUUCGAGAUACUGGGGUUACACUUCUUUAUUCAAUCUUCUCGAUUAUUCAGCCCUUGUGUUCCCCGUUACCAAGGUGGAUCCCGAGAGAGAUGCUAAGGACACCACUUACACCCCGAAGAACGAGUUAGACAGCUGGGCAUAUGAGCAUUAUGACCCGGUAAAGCAGAAGGAUGCACCUGUUUCUUUGCAGCUAGUUGCUAAGAAGUUGGAGGAAGAAAAGUUACUUCAGGCAUUUAGAGAGAUCCAGGAUAAAAUCAGCCUGCCGUUUGUCAAUUGUCUGGCUUAA